AUGUUCGGGAUGGAGGUAUUCCGCACAUUUCCAAGCAACUAUGUGGAAGCUCAGAAACAUGGAAAUGAGAGAAGGAUUAAAAUAGGAGAUUUUAAUUCUCAAGCACGACGGGGACGAAACCCUCCAGGACAGGGAAACCUACUUGGAGAAGAUAAGGAUGAUCUAACCAAUAUGGAGAAGACACUCAGCUACUCAGAUGGAGCCAAACCAUUCAGCCAAUCAUGUAGCAACAUCCAGCUACCGAAUGAAGACGAAGCAAGCCUAAACCAAUUGGGCAACGACACCAGCUGCUAA